GUGGGGACCACCCCGGAAGCGGUGGAGCCACUGGAGGCCGCUCUGCGCGAGGAGGGGGAAGGCGAGCCCGUUGAUAUGGUCCAGCGACUCCAGCGCAGCCUGGUGCCCCGUGGAGGACAGGACGCGAUGGCGGAAGCGGCCGCUCUGUCCGAGGACGCGGCGCCAGCGGCCGGCAUAGCGAAGCAGCGUGAGCACGAGGUGGGGACCGCCCCGGAAGCGGUGGAGCCACUGGAGGCCGCUCUGUCCGAGGACGCGGCGCCAGCGGCCGGCAUAGCGAAGCAGCGUGAGCACGAGGUGGGGACCGCCCCGGAAGCGGUGGAGCCACUGGAGGCCGCUCUGUCCGAGGACGCGGCGCCAGAGGCCGGCAUAGCGAAGCAGCGUGAGCACGAGGUGGGGACCGCCCCGGAAGCGGUGGAGCCGUUGUACUCGGCGCUGGACGAGGAGCCCCGCGAGGAAGUUGGCGCUGCGGCCGUUGCUGAACGCCAUUUGGGGGUGGAGGGCGAGGAGGAGUUGCUCGGCAUGUACGAUAGUACUUUGAAGGAUGUAAAAAAGACACGAAGGCGGCGCAAGGGCGCCAACCUGAUGGGGGCCGCAACCUCCUUUGCAUCCAUCCCCGAGGAGGAAGUGGUGUAUGUUGCCGACACGGACGAGGCUCUUCCGGGGAAGCCUUUGUAUGCCUCAGUGGUGCAGGAUGCAACAGUUCAGACUGGCGCGUGCGCCGUGCUGGAAAAACAUGAGGUCGGCGCAGUACCUGACGCAAUUGAGCCACUGGAGGCCGCUCUGUCCGAGGACGCGGCGCCAGCGGCCGGCAUAGCGAAGCAGCGUGAGCACGAGGUGGGGACCGCCCCGGAAGCGGUGGAGCCACUGGAGGCCGCUCUGUCCGAGGACGCGGCGCCAGCGGCCGGCAUAGCGAAGCAGCGUGAGCACGAGGUGGGGACCACCCCGGAAGCGGUGGAGCCACUGGAGGCCGCUCUGCGCGAGGAGGGGGAAGGCGAGCCCGUUGAUAUGGUCCAGCGACUCCAGCGCAGCCUGGUGCCCCGUGGAGGACAGGAC